AUGUCGGCCAGCCCUAUUGCACGAGGCGCGGGUGAGGGCGAGCGAGCGGAGAACGAGGGCAUCUGGGUUACUUCCACCCACAAAUUCAUCGCCCCGCCACCCAUCCGCGACAUCGUGGCCGCCGAGCAGGGCGCCACCCUGCUUUCCCAGUCGCUGGCCGGCCAGAAGGUCCGCCUGACGAUACACCGCCUCUCCGAGGAGUCCGACGCGUGGUACACCCCAACACAGGAAGACCUCGACGACACCAUCGCGUUUGCCACCAAGGAUGAGCCUGAGAGGUGGCAGGUUCCGCGCGUGGGGUUCGCUAGCUUUGACGCCGAGACAAAUCAACGCAGUUCGGAGAUUCUGAACGACAUCUAUCUCCUCAACGGCGAGAUCGAGUGGUUCCUGCGUCGAUUGGAGGUCGCAGUCCUCGAGCUGGGCGCUCCCGGAGCGCCCGAACACGCGUCGGUGGAGCGGGGGAUGCUGUCCGGUUUCCAGCUGCGCGUAACUACUGCCGCCGAAGAGUCCACUCGGUGGAAGAGAGAAGACGGCACCCGCGUCGUCCAAGAAUUCGAGGAUAUCCAUGCCUUUUUCCAAGCGCAGCGGGACAGGCUCUCAGCGGUCGUUUCUUCGAUCCCACUACCAGCCGGACCUCCACUGGGAGCUCCGACGGGGCCGAGAUCUAGCCGUGAUUCCCCACGACGCGGCGGCUCUGGCCAUAGACGAGGAGGCGGCUCUGGCCGCGGAAGCGGUGCCAGCCCCGGUCGCGGAAGCAGUGCCAGCCCCGGUCGCGGAAGCGGUGCCAGACCUGGUCGCGGAAGCGGUCGACGCGGCGCCGGUCGGAGCCAUCCGCCGCCAUCGUCGUAG